GGCUAUUUUGUAAAUGCAUUAUGCGGUUCACAAAAAAAGUUUUAUUAGAAAGCGUUAAAUGUUUUCAAUAAGCACAUGCUUUUAAAGCCCCUAAAUGCAUUUUUUCAGAACGGUGUGGCUUCUAAGAUGCUGCCAGCGCAGAGUUUUUGUACAAAGUUUCUCCUCGUCUGCCGCGGCAUCUGAACAGCCUUCACCAAAGACUUCGGAGAAAAGUGAGAGCGGUCCCAUUCAAAUCGGCUCCCGUAUAUUUCCUCGGGAUGAGUGGACCAAUAUUACACCCCGGAUUAUGGCAUACAUUGGCAAGAACAUCUACCAACAAAAGAAUCAUCCGCUUUGGUUGAUCAAGGAGCGACUGGUUUCGUACUUCCACUGGAAAUACCAGACACCAAACCGACGUUCGCCUGCUUUUGCUGUUGUCGACAAUGUCGAGCCAGUGGUGACCACUGAGCAGAACUUCGAUUGCCUCCUGGUUCCGCAGGAUCAUCCAAGCCGGCGUCCCAGUGAUUCGUAUUAUAUUAACAAGGAGCACAUGCUCCGUGCUCACACAUCCGCACACCAGCGCGAUCUGAUGCGGAGUGGACUGCGUGAGUUCCUUGCGGUUGGCGAUGUGUAUCGGCGGGACGAAAUUGAUUCUACGCACUUCCCGGUGUUCCAUCAGAUGGAGGGUGUGCGUCUGAGAUAUGCGCACGAACUGUCUCCCGAUCCGUCGUUUCAAAUUUUCGAGACCACUCCCACCAAACGCAACCCCGAUAAACAAGAAACCCACACUCAGCCCGCUGUGGAUUUGAUGGAGAAAGAUCUGAAAGACUGUUUGGAGGGUGCUGUAGGGAGUCUCUUUGGACCGAAGUUGGAAAUGCGGUGGAACAGCACCUAUUUUCCCUUCACUCAUCCGUCGUGGGAACUGGAGGUCAAAUUUAAAAACCAAUGGCUGGAAUUGCUCGGGUGCGGCAUCAUGGAACAAAAGCUGCUUAAUUCUGCUGGCGUGGCAGACCAGAUUGGAUGGGCGUUCGGAGUGGGUUUGGAGCGGUUAGCCAUGCGGUUGUACGAAAUUCCGGAUAUCCGUCUGUUCUGGUCGACCGAUUCGGGAUUCUUGUCGCAGUUCGAUGUAGACAAUAUCCGCAAAAUAAUCAAGUACAAGCCGAUCAGUGUGUUCCCGCAGUGCAUCAAUGAUAUUGCGUUUUGGAUUGGUGAUAAAUUCGAAAAGAAUGAUUUUUACGAAUUGGUGCGGAAUUUGGGUGGGGAAUUGGUCGAACAAGUGCGCCUGAUCGACGAGUUUAAGCACCCGAAAACGGGGGAAACGAGCAAUUGUUAUAGAAUUAUUUAUCGGCAUAUGGAAAAAACUCUGACGAAGGAAGAAGCUAACGUUGUUCAUAAAGCUAUAGAAGAGGCUGCUGUACAAAAACUGGGAGUAAAGAUUCGAUAAUGU